AUGGCGGUUCUUCGUGGUCUGACUCCAAGUGUUACAGGGCCAUUCCGUCGUCGUCUUUCCUCGUCAGCCCACAGCCAUGCUCUUCGACUGCCUAAUGUGCCGCUCGAUGUUCAUCCCGAAGUAGAGGACGCCCUCGCCCAUAACAUACCGGUUGUGGCUCUUGAAACCGCUCUUGUAACCCAUGGCCUUCCUUACCCAGAUAGCCUUCAAGUUCCUCUUGCUCUCGAAGAGAUUGUCAGAUCGACGGGUUGUAUUCCUGCAACCAUCGGCCUCAUCGAAGGACGCGUCAAAAUCGGCUUGGAGAGACAUGAACUGGGCAGAUUGGCACACCGCCAAGAGAGACCUGCAAAGAUAUCUCGACGCGACAUCGCUGCAGCCAUUGCAAGUGGGAGGGAUGGAGGUACUACUUGCAGCGCGACCCUCGUAUUCUCUGCCCUAGCUGGUAUCAAGGUCUUUGCCACAGGAGGCCUCGGGGGUGUCCACCGUGGCGGGGAGAAGUCCCUGGAUAUUUCUGCGGAUCUGCACGAAUUGACGCGCUGCCCAGUUGGUCUCGUUUCUGCUGGAGUUAAAUCUAUUCUAGACAUCGGCAGGACGCUCGAAUACCUUGAAACGUUGGGCGUUCCGGUACUGCCUUAUGGGAAAUCACGAGAGUUUCCUGCUUUUUUCUCUCGUCGCAGCGGCUACAAGGUCCCUUGGCAUGUGGAAGACCCUCAAACAGCGGCAAAGAUUCUUUACACUCAGGCACAGCUUGGGAUGCAAAACGGAGCACUGAUUGCGGUUCCCAUCCCCGAAGAAUAUGAAAAGCAAGGCGAGAAGAUCCAGCGCAUCGUGGAACGUGCCAUCAAAGAAUCAGAGGAGAAUGGCAUGAGCAAGUCGGGCAACGACGCUACUCCUUGGCUUCUGGACAGGAUUGCGAAACUCAGCGAGGGUAAAUCUUUGGCUUCUAAUAUUGCUCUUCUCAAGAACACAGCUCUUGUUGGGGGACAGAUUGCAGUCGAGCACCAAAAACUUGUCAACGAAGGGAUUUACGGCCCAAGUGAGAAAACGGUUGCAAGGCAGUCGUCUGGAAAGCCUGCACGUCCAUCCUCCGACUCGGAAUCCAAGAAAGCGAGGCUUACCCACCCCGCUACAGCGAAUGUCGUCGUCGUUGGCUCUGCAGCGAUAGACAUCACCGCUCAAGAAUUGCCUAACCAGAAUGCUGCCCUGGCCGUCCAUUCGACUGCUCCGGGCCACGUCAAAGUGUCACUGGGCGGAGUGGGUCGCAAUAUUGCUGAAGCCUCUCAUCGGGUGAUGAAAUCCAAAUACCCUGAACUCUCCUCGGUCCUUGUAUCAGCAAUUGGCAACGACGUGUUUGGCCGCAUUCUCGAAGAUGAACUCGUUGAAUUUGGCAUGCGAACAGACGGUCUCAUUAAGGUGGAUGCACCUAGCGCAGUUUGCAAUAUGGUGCUGGAUAGCAAAGGAACAUUGGUUGGUGGAGUAGCAGACAUGGGGAUCACUACCAGAAUGACAGCUGAGGCGAUCAUCCCAGAGAUCCAGAAACACGCCCCUUCCAUUGUCGUCUUGGAUGGAAACCUCCCACUCGACACAAUACAGGCGCUCACUGCUCAUUGCUAUGAUCACACUGUCAAGGUUCUCUUCGAACCAACAUCAACUAUUAAAUCAACGUCCAUACUCCCUGCAAUCGCUGCCAAUCUCCAGAAAGAUCCAUCGAGACCACCGGUUGACUUUUGCACCCCAAAUCUCCUUGAGCUCUCCCGGCUGUUCGAAGCAGCAAGUUCAGAACCAUUUUCUCUCAUGGAUCAUCCUGUUUGGUGGUCGGUGAUUGAUGGGCUAGGCUUGAGUUCCGCUUUCAACAAUGAUAUCGAACAAUUGGCACGGAGACAAGCGUCUGACGAAAAGUCCGGAGGAAGCCUAGCUUUCCUUGUCCAAGAUGGAGUCAUCCAACAGGCUGUUCAACUGCUCCCAUUCUUCCGGCACCUCGUCAUUAAAUGUGGUGAUUUGGGUGUCCUUGUUGUCAUGCGGAUAGCACCAGAAGAUGCUAGCAGUUCAGAAUGGGCUCAAGAACGCAGCAAUCCCCUCCAGAGACAUGUCGUUGUUGCAACGAAAUCAGGGGAAAUCAUCGUUGUUCAACACUUCCCAUCCCAUCAUCUCGAUGUCAUUACCAAUGUGACAGGAGCGGGUGAUUCCUUCGUCGGGACAUUGCUGGCAGCUUUGGCAAAAGAUUUGAAACAGCAGGAUUGA